GGUUGAGCUCGCCUCUCCCUCAUUCAGAGUCCAACUUCCAGCUUUGAAAAAAAAUUCGAAAUAUACAAAAUAAUUUUAGCCUUUAUGAAGGUUUAGCGCAGCUUAUAUCGCCUCGUUUUAUUCGUUUAGGGACUACACAGUGCCAUGACGUUGCCAAAGAGGACCAUAAGGUGGAAUAUGGGGGCUCCCGAGGCGGACGAUAACAACAAUUGCUAGUCGGAGAGCUAAGCUAAGCUAAGCUAAGCUAAGAUACCAAAUAUUUCACUACGGACGAGCCGAUUGAGGUUUUGGACGAAAGCCCGUCAGCAUGUGGAUGGUGGGCGAACAUGGAAGGAUCCUGUAGAAUGAGUGUGAGAGAGCUGUGCGAGACGGAUGAUUUGGCCACAAGCCUGGUGCUGGACCCCUUGCUGGGGUUCAGCACCCAUAAGAUGAACAUAAGCCCUCUUCCAGAGAUCCGACGGUGGGGCUACCUGAGAGAGACUCUGCUGCGCUUCAAGCGCACCAAGGACUUCCAGGCCACCUUCGAUGCUCUGCUAGAUGGAGAGUGGACCAGUGGCUACUUCACCAGCCUGGGAACCCACCGGCAGGAGCUCCUGAGACAGCACAUGUAUCGGUACCUCACUGCUUUCCUGUUGGACAGUGGAGUGCAGAUUGAGUCAUGUGACCGGUAUUCCUCAGAGACCAAUGGAGCCAAAAUCACAGCAACAAGACACUGGUCUGUUGGAGAGCGAGUGGAGGUGCUGCAGGGCUGCAUAGCUGAGCUGAGUCCGGCAGACAGUGCUGUACUGAGGACAGGAGUGAAUGAUUUCAGUGUUAUGUACUCGACGCGUAAGCAGUGCGCACAACUCUGGCUUGGGCCUGCUGCCUUCAUUAACCAUGACUGCAGGCCAAACUGUAAGUUUGUACCUGGGGACAAAAACGGAGCAUGUGUGAAAGUGGUCCGGCCCAUCUCACCUGGGGAGGAGAUCACUUGUUACUAUGGCGACAGCUUUUUUGGGGAGGACAAUGAGAUGUGUGAAUGUUGCACCUGUGAGAGGAGGGGAGAAGGAUUCUUCAAGCAUAGACUGGAGAGACUUCCGGAGUGGGUAGGCCCGAGCGAUCCAUUAGGCCAGAAAUAUAAAUUCAGAGAGACUGAUCUGCGGCUUAACCGAGAGAAGGGGAACGGUACGCCAUUUCUCGCUGUAACCAGUCCAGCUUGCUCUGUGAGGAAUUCCUUUUCCCAGCAGAUGAAGAGAAACGCCCCUACAGUGAGUAGUAAGAUGACAAAGACUAAGAAGUGGAAAAGGGAGGAGCGAGCCAGGCAGGCUGAGAAGCGGCGACAGUAUCUCCUCAUAUCAUCCCUGCCUCAUUUCAGUCUUAAGGACUUAAGCAUUUGCCUGUACAAUCACAGUGUGGACUUCCUCUUAAGCUGUAAGGACCCUGCCAGCAAGGAAAGAGCUCUUCUGCAAAGGAUUGAGAGUGAGAAACCAAAACUGGAGUGGAGAGACAACAACAGACUGGACCCUCCAGCUUUCACUGAUGUUGAACUAAAGGGAGGUGAGGAAGGACACGACAAUUCUAAUGACUUAUUGGGUAACGAGACUGCUGCUGAUUUGAACUUAAAGCCCUUCAGUUUAAAAUCAGUUUCGAGUGCCUGUGAUAAAGGCUAUCCGAAAGUUAAGGGACGGAGCGUUGGUGCUUCAGCAGUUCGAGUUGUUCAUCAGAUGGCUAUUUCUUCAAGGACCAGGAACAUGCUUCGCGGCCGCCUGAGAGGCGUCCGAGCCUUUGACCGAUCUAAACUCUCUACCUUAAAUAAAAACAGAGUCAGGAUUAUCAGACAGACGUCGAAGCUCCAUACGAGCAGCAGAGGUCAUCCACGUCAAAAGGGACGUAGCCAUGGGGUCAGAAAAGGCCUCAAAUGCCUUUCAAUUAGAGGUGAAAAGCCACUUUUCAACAGAGGAUACACUAGUAAAAGUAAAAAUAAUAAAGGCAAGACGUUACAAUCCAGGGUCUCGCGGAUGAUUGCAAAGGAGGAACAGCGUGGCUUAGGGGAUUGUCACAAGGAGAUGGCUGACAGCGAGAAACACAUCACCAGCUCUAGCGCUGCUAAGGAAGGGGAUUUCAGUUCCCCGAUUGCUUCAGAGACCUCAGGGGAGAAAGAAGAAAAACAUAGACCUUCUGUUGCUUCUGGCACCCUCGAUGUUACCUCUUCAUUGCCCCCUUCCUUCAGUCACUCUCCUGCGUCUCUCACUUCAGGGGUGAUGCGUUAUGUAAAAGUCAGUCUAGUCAGAGUGGCUGUCCCAGGAGAGCCAGCAGCUGGUAAGGCAGAUCAGGGACAAGCAGACAGUGAAGAUAGCACAGAUGCUACAACAGCAGCUACAGGGCCGCAGAAAUCAAAGUGCAAAGGAAGUAAAGGUAUGGCUAAAGCUGAAGGUAAGAAAGGGGUAAGGGAAAUGUAUUUCACACCAGUAGUCAUGGGAAGUGCAGACAGGUUGAAAGUGACAUGUGAUUUAUCAGGUAGUAGUAAUGCUGUUACACCGCAACAUGCUGAAAAAGAAGUGCAGGAUAUACAAGUGGGUAACAAAGGCAAUAAUGACGGGCAGGAAAUUGAGGGAAAGAAAGACAAUAAUGAUAAAAAGGCUACGGUUAGUUCUGCUAAUGCUGGCAUUGAGAAAGCUUUGAAAGAGGCUGAUGAAUUAGUGACUGGUGUUAAGAAAAGAGGGCGUGCCACGAAAGGUCAUACAAAGAGCGUGAAAGGCACAGCUGAAGAGGAAGAUAAGGGAGAGAGUGGAGUUGAAAGGCAGGGAGCGGAAACGGGCCAAAGAGAAGAGAUUUUACAAAAGAAGACAGACUUUUUGUUACAUUUUGGGAGCAAAACCGUUGCGAUAAAGGAGGCAAGAGUCUUCUUGUCCGAUAUUUUCAAGAGCUUUGGCAGCGAGAUGAUCAGCCAUGAACAGGAUGGCAAAGGGUACAGCAGUGUACUCAGGAAUGUCUCCCGGCGAACUCAGAACAAAGAAGACAGUGAAUAUGUCAAAAGAUUGAGGACCCUUACUGCUGAUAAUGAGCGGAAGAACCUGAAUAUUAGCAGUGAUUCAGUGAAGAAGAACAGCGAGACAGUCACUCAGAAAGUUGCCCAGAGUAGCGUACAGACCCCGCAUGACCAAGGAGGAGCACAAAUGACCAAAAAGAAAGGGUCAGAACUUACUCCACUUUCCCUGGAGCCAGUCUCUCCUGUUAAGGGUAGUCUGGACCACAAUUCCCAGAGCAGCAUCCCUCUGAAGAAACGGGCAUUUCGAGAGUCUCUUGAAAAUGAUCCCGACCAGGAUACAACCGUAACUACAGUGGAGCCCCUGUGUGCCAGUAAACGUGUGGAGACCACGAUGGACAGUCUGUUACCUAUGUCUGAAGGGAACAACAGUGUUGAUAAUGAAGGUCAGAUAUUACCUUUAGACUCUGAGACUGUAGGAUCAAAAAUGCGCACUUCAGCCAGGCCGUCUAAAACUUUAGCGCUAAAGAAGCUACACUCCAGAAAAAGCCGAACUGCUCAGGCUAGACUAGCACAAGACCAUACCAGAAUACUCAGAGACAGAGGUAGAACAGGUAACCUGCUGUUAGAGAAGAGACUGGGACUUAGGAAAAAGACAUCUAAAGUUACAUCUAAGUUGGGAAGCAUAUUAGAGUGCGAUGUAGUGCAAGAGAUGCCUGAGGGAAUAAAAGAGGGACAAGAUGGCAGCCAAAAAGUGGCGCAGCAAAUACCAGUACAGGUUGAGCACAGGACAGUGGAAAAUGCAGACGCUAAUAAUGAAUCUGCUGCAGAAUCUGUUAACACAGAGGAUGAGCAGAGCUGUAACUUAAAAAUACGUUUGAAGAGAAAGAGGGGAACGGAAUGGGAAAUGGAGAGUGGACCCAAGGGGGAUAGUGCAGUUGAAACAAGAGGCCCAGAACAAUGUGCAGAUGAGAUCGACCCCUUUAAGGCCAUUUUGGAUUCUGUUGCGAUUUUAAAUUUGGAAAUGGAGAGAAUUCGGGGUCAUGGAGAAGCAGACAAGAGUGUAGGAUUAGAGCAAGCCACUAAAGCUGUGCAAGACGUCUUGGAACACUGCCGAAAAGAGAGCACGGUCAAGCCGAGGAAAAGACGUAAAAAACAGCUACUGUUGUCUAGCAUCAACAGUGAAAAGCAUACUGGUGGGCAGCAAAAUUCUGUUCAGGGUAGAAGUGAGGUUUGUGGGGGGCAUGAGCGACAGAAUCUGCUUUUGAAAAAUCUCAAAAAGGAGUCAGACGUUACUGACAUCAAACCGCUGCCUCUGAUUAAGCUGCGCCGCAGGGGCGAGGGCAGAUGGGAGGUGGAGGGCGGCGAAGCUCAGAAACAAGAUGGAAACAAGGGACCAGGAACGUCUGUGCUUAGGGAGCCAAGAUUGCUGCCAUGCAUCCCUCCUGAGAGGGCUAAACUGGGAGAGAUGCCCGUCAAUAAAAUAAAAGAGGAAAGUCUGUCUCCUUGCCAACACCGGGCAGUAGCUAGCAAUUAUGACAGGUUUCGGGAGUUCUCUAAAGGUGCACUAAAUUCAGAGCCUUUACCUCUAUCAUUAUCUCUUUCACCUUUGUCUCUGAACUCUCCAUAUACCGAAGGACUGACGGAAGCAGCCCGUCUCAGUAGCAGCUUUGAUUUUAAAGGGAGAGGUCAAGAAACAAGUGCACCAGAAAAUACUGAAAGGGCAGAGAAGCUUAGGACAGGGGGCGUUAUUAGGACCGAGGGUAAAGACAGGAGCGAGGUUUGCUUGAGUCACAACUUAUUACAGAUAAAUAAAAGCCUCUCUAAACUUCAAGCCAUGAGCCAGCACCCACCAUCAGAAAAAAGCAUACCUGCUUACACAAGUGGAACUACCUCCUGUCAAGUUCAGUCCAAGCCCUUGUCCCCUCCCACGUCACCAUUCACCACGGAAUGCACCUUUUCAAACUAUUCAGAGGACAUUUUAGACUUUCAGUGCUUGAAUCUUGAAGGCUAUGAUCAAACACAAGCACAAAAUGCGUUAACAGAUUACUGCCCUGGUGAACCGCAUAACACCGGAUCCUUUAGUAGCCCCUUUUCUCAAAGUCCAACAACCGAUGGAUGGAAUCCUGAAACCCCUUACCUCGGCUCCUCAAGCCCAGGGAGUAGCUUUAGUACUGCGGAAGAUCUGAGUUUCCCUGAUCUUGGCCUUACACGAGACGAAGCACCAUCGUUGAACAGUGGACCCUACUUCUCUUCCAAAGAAAAGACAUUUUGUCCACCAAUGAGUUCAGUACCAGUGAAAGAUCUUGAAAGAAGUCAGUUCUAUUCUGAUGUUAUGCUGUCAAAACGUAAUGUGAUUCUCCAGACCAAGGAAGAUUCUGCAACGCCACUCUGCUUGACCGAUAAAAUGUCAGGCAACCAAAGGGACCUGAUCAUGUUUGGUGCGUCCUCAAACACAAAGCAGACGGUACCACUCCCCUGUCGCCCACAGUCUCAGGAUAAGUUUCUUCUUGAUAGCUCAAGGAAUCUGUCAGCACAGUCAGACUUUGGCAAAAUCCAAACAAAGGACAAAACUAAUGGGCCCCACCACUUCCUUAGCUCUGCUAAUAAAUCGCAGCCUCUUUUUUUGGGCCAGUACGUGCAAAGCCUGUACAAUGCUGGAUCACAGGGUAACCCUGUUAAACCCUUCCACUCCCUUCAUACAGGAAGCAAAGCCUCAUGCUCAGAGUUUCCAGGGCCUCUCAACCUUGGCAGUGCUCUCCUCCGUGGCUACGAAAAGAAGCCUGUGCUUUUCCAGAACCCUAACAGUUUGGUGAAAACGGAAGGAGGACAUGGCCAAAAUAUUUGCAAAAGCUCCAGCAAAACUACAAGUGCUGUGAAAACCACACCUGUUGGAAAGCCACAAAACCUUAGGGUUGACAACAAUCCCACCGUUCCUGCUGCAUUUUUUUCUUCUAGUCCGAGUCCUCAAAGUCACAACAUAGCCCACGGUAAAAAUAUGAGGCAGGAUAAGCCUCAUGCUGUGGUAGCCCCCAGCCAGAACUCCCAACUCCCUCUUCCCCUUGACAGAAGUCAGCUGUGCUUCUCACACUGUGAUCCCUUAGACAUGAAUUUCAGCUCUUCACUCUCCCCUGGUGUUUCACAGCAUGGCAGUCCACAGGUGGGCUACAGGGAUUCUGCCACCCAGGAUGUCCCGGUGACCAAAGCUCAGCCAUCCUCCUUUGUGUGCAAUCAGUCGGCUCACCCGUCCUACGUCGUAAACUUCACCGGCGAUCACUCUGUUACCCUGAACUACAAUGACGACGGGGAGUGCUUGAAUUACUCUUCAUCAGUGCCCACGAAUUACACUUACCAUUGCCUCAUGGAGCCUUCCGGAACCCAGGGCCGGCUCAUUUUAGAACCGUGCGGCCCCUCGAACAUUUCACAUUCUCCUUCUAUGGCUAGCUUUGCAGGAUCUAAAGGCCUGGCGGAGCAGCCAGGCAAGGAUUCUCAGCAGCACGGGCAGCCUGGGUGCCAUUCGGUUAUUUCCCAUCACUUCCCGUCGUCUCACUCGCAAAGCACCUCUCUGACGGACCGCAAGCCCAAGAGACUGAGGCUAGUGGUAACUGACGGUACAGUGGACCUGGAUCUGCAGUACACAGAUUAAAUGAAGACACUUUUAUGAUGAGUUUGGUUCCUAAACUGAUAUUUAUGAAUUAAUGACAAUAUGUUCUCUCUCUCCCUGUCUUUCUCUCUCUCUCUCCCUCUCUCUCUCUUUAUAAUCUAAAAUAUAUAAAAGUACUUUUAAAUGCAUUGUGCUUAGCAUUUCU